AGUUUCUGAAGAGUAAAAGAUGGAUGUAAGUUCAUUGGCACCAGCUGAUGACCAACAGAGUUUAGAUUUUACCAAAAUUUCAGCUAAUUACAAUAAAUUAUCCGAAAAUUUACGUAAACUAACACCUAUUUCAGUACAGUGUGCUUUUUUUUGUGGUGGUGCAAAAUGCAAAUACGAAAAUUCGAAAGCUUGGCCACCUGUUCAUAUGGCAAUUCAGGAUAUUUACUCUCAUUGGGUAACAGAUGACAUUCUAGCAAUGGCACGUCCUCAUACAACUCAAUUAUUGAAAAAUAAUUUAAUUACACAAUUCCAGAGAUGGAGUAUUAAGACAAUAAUUAAUUUACAAACUCCAGGAGAACACGGAAGCUGUGGUGUACCUUUAGAAAAGAGUGGAUUCACAUAUGAUCCUGAUGAGUUUAUGAAAAAUGGAAUUUAUUAUUAUAAUUUUGCAUUAAAAGAUUAUGAUAAGGCAACGAUUGAAAAACUUCUAGACAUGGUAAAAGUUGUAGCUUUCGCAGUCCAAGAAGGACGAGUUGCUAUUCACUGUCAUGCUGGACUUGGGAGGACUGGUGUUCUCAUUGCAUGUUACCUCAUAUAUCGUUUACGAGUACGUGCAAAUGAUGCUAUUCGUUUUGUACGAAAAAAACGACCUGGUGCCAUUCAAACUCGUGGACAAAUAAAAUGUAUUCAAGAUUUUGAAUUUUAUAUUCUUCCACAAAUGAUUGUAUUCCCAUCAAAAUGUUCACGUGGAUCAAGUACUACUAUUAAGUCACACAGUCUUCAAUCUUAUCUGAAAAAACAAUGGAAUGUACUUCAUGGCUAUGAACAACGUACGUUCAAAUUUAUUCCCAAAAUUGUUUUCGUUUUAUGUGAACGAAUUUUGCAGCUCUGUGAUUGUCAAGAAGAUAAUUCUCCAGCUCAGAUUGAUUUUUCUAUCAAUGAUACUCCUUUUGUUAAUAAAUUUAUCUCAUAUAAUUUAGAAAAAUUACCUGAAGAUAAUGAUAGUAUGAGACAUUCAUUUUCAUGGACUGAUUAUCUUUCCCAAACUUCAUUUGAUUGCUCCAAUAAGCCAAUUACUGACAAAAAUUUAGAUACCACAAAAGUAAAAACCAGUAGUAUUUCUUCCAAAGAUACCUGUGAAGAUAUUAAAAAAAUGGAUGAUAUCCUCUGUACAUCUCCUGAAUCGCCUUCUUAUUAUUCCACUAAUUGUCUAACAUUGGAUGAUCACCUUGUAGAUGAUGUUUUAGCUGAUGGAAUAUACAAUCAAGAACUGCAGGAUAAUAACUGUUACAAAGAGCUUCAAUCUCAAUUAUUUUUCAAAACAUCCAUUCAAAAAGAACACUACAACUUGAUGGCUAUUGAUCAAGUUCUGAAAGCUUUGCUCUUUGAUUAUUCUACACUUCCAGAGGAUGAAAGAAAAAUUCUCCUACAAUAUCAAAUAAAUUUAAAUAACAAAAAUUCAACCUGGCAAUGGCUAGAACUGGAAACAAACGUUCGAAUUUUAUCUGGUUUAUUAUACGAAUGGUUAGAAACUCUCAAGGAGCCCAUUUUAGAUAUAGAUUCUUUAAGCCAAAUAGUUAUCCGAGGUUCAAGGUUAAAACAUUGCUUACAAAAGCUCCAAACAUACAAUCGAUACGUUCUAGAAUAUUUUCUGCGCUUCGUAUCACGUCUCCGACCCAUGUCCAUGGACAUGCAAAGUCUAAUAAUAAAGCGGUUUAUCGCAUCACUAACUCAUCAAUCUGUUUGGAUUAAAAAAAUGCUAAUGCCUUCCGAUAAAAAUUUUCAAAAGUUGAGAAAUGGAACAGCUACAAAGCUUAUUGAUUUUUUUAUACGCUUCUUAAAUUUUAUUGAAGAAAUAAACACUCAGGAAUUAGGUCACGGUUCAUGGUUUUCAUUAUCCAAAUGGUCAAUAAAUAAUAAACAAUUGUACGACACUCAAGAUAAAAGUAAUGAUUGA